UGACUGCGGAACCCUACUGUCAGGCGUUGGUUUCCAGCCGGAGCGCUGAUGUGUGCGCACCUUCUUCCGAGAUGCUGGCUGUCGCGUUGGUUGCGGCGGUCGCAGUCUUGUGGUGGCUGUGCAGCAGCUGGCGGGACGCUGUGUCUGGCCGGGGAGCGGCUGUGCGGCCCGGUGUCCGUGCUCCGCUGCUGCUCAUCGCUCACCCAGAUGAUGAGUGUAUGUUUUUCGCCCCCACUAUCCUCGGCCUGGUGCAGGGACAGCGCCCCCUCUCUGUGCUCUGCUGUUCCACAGGAAACUACUACAAUCAAGGGGAGACUCGUAAGAAAGAGUUGUUUCAGAGCUGUGCAGCUUUAGGAAUCGCUCCUUCCAAUGUAACCCUUAUUGACCACAGCGACCUGCCUGACAGUCCUACAGUGAAGUGGGAUCAGUGUCUCCUCUCGUCUCUCAUACUGAACCACAUUCAGGAGAAGAACAUUGACCUGGUGAUCACGUUUGAUGAGGGGGGUGUAAGUGGACAUUCCAACCAUAUCUCCUUGUACCAUGCAGUAAGAUCCCUCCACAGCUCUGGAAAGUUACCUGAAGGGUGCGCUGUUCUGGUGCUGGAGUCUGUCAGCGUAUUCAGGAAAUACAUCUCGGUACUCGAUCUACUGCUGAGCUGGCUCUGUGGCCAAGACGUGCUCUUUAUAUCAUCCGGACGGCAGUACAGACAGGCCAAGGAGGCAAUGCUGCACCAUCAGAGUCAACUGCUGUGGUUUCGUCACAUCUACCUGUUCUUCUCGCGAUACAUGAUUAUCAACUCAUUGCAUUUUUUACAAGACAAGAAAGCAGAAAAGGACAGCUGAGCAUUCUCCGCUAUCAUUGAUUGUCUGCCAAGCAGUGGACUUUCCUCUGUACAUCGCCGCCCUGGCAUCCAUGUUACAUCGUUUUAAUGGAAAACGUGGCUUCUAGCCCCAGAUGCUUAUUGGUGGCACUGACUACACUACUGGGGGUUUUUUUACCUCAAAAUUUUUAAAUAAAAGAACUAGAUAACCAAAAUGGUACAUUUCCAAGGGAUUUGAG